CGAUCCGCCGUUUUUUCCGGCGUCUCGUGCACUCCCUGUCCUUAGCCUUGGCCUUUCUUUCCCGUCCUCCGUCUCUCUUCCCUCUGCACGCCUUUUUCUCUACUCUAGCUAGAUUCGCUUUUCGUUUCUCUCCUCUCCCUCCCGCUCCCCCCCUGGUUCAUUGUUAAGAUGUUCUCCCUAAGGACAGCGCAGCCCGCGCAAUCUUUCCUCCGUCGCGCUGCAGUGACAGCUCCCACCGUCCGCUCCCCCUUGGCAGCAAGAUCCUUUGCUAGCGUUCAGUCGGACAUCUUCAAGCCGACCAAGUAUGGUGGCAAAUACACUGUCACGCUCAUCCCAGGUGAUGGAAUUGGUGCUGAAGUUGCUGAAUCGGUCAAGACCAUUUUUAAAGCCGACAAUGUGCCCAUUGAGUGGGAGCAGGUAGAUGUUAGUGGUGUUGACGCGGGCAACAAACAUUCGGAAGAACUUUUUAAGGAAUCUAUCGCUUCCCUUCGCCGCAACAAGCUGGGUCUCAAGGGUAUCCUCUUCACUCCCGUUGAGCGCUCCGGCCACCAAUCAUUCAACGUUGCUCUCCGACAGGAGCUUGAUAUCUUUGCCUCGAUUGUUCUGAUUAAAAACAUCCCGGGCUACAAGACGCGCCAUGAGAAUGUCGACCUUUGCAUCAUCCGUGAGAACACCGAGGGAGAAUACUCUGGCCUUGAACAUCAGUCUGUUCAGGGUGUCGUUGAGUCGCUGAAAAUCAUCACUCGUGCGAAAUCUGAGCGUAUCUCUAAAUUUGCUUUCGGCUUUGCCCUGGCAAAUAACAGGAAGAAGGUUACCUGUAUUCACAAGGCGAACAUCAUGAAAUUGGCCGAUGGUCUGUUCCGUAGCACUUUCCACAAAGUCGCCGAGAACUAUCCGACUCUGGAGGUUAACGAUAUGAUCGUUGACAAUGCAUCCAUGCAGGCUGUGUCCCGGCCCCAGCAGUUUGACGUCAUGGUCAUGCCCAAUCUGUACGGCGGAAUUCUUUCCAAUGUCGGUGCAGCUCUUGUUGGCGGACCAGGCGUUGUCCCUGGCUGCAACAUGGGUCGCGACGUUGCUGUGUUUGAACCCGGUUGCCGUCACGUCGGGCUCGAUAUCAAGGGUAAGGACCAGGCGAACCCCAGUGCUAUGAUCCUCUCUGGGUCUAUGCUUCUGCGCCACCUCGGCUUGGAUGAUCACGCAAACAGAAUCUCCAAGGCUGUGUACGAUGUCAUCGGUGAAGGUAAAACGAGAACCCGUGACAUGGGUGGUCAGGCCACCACCCAUGAGUUCACUAGGGCCGUUCUGGACAAAAUGGAGGCCGCUCUGUAAACUGCGGGACCUUGCCCGGCUUAAUCGCUGUUCUCACGAUAAUGAAAGCUUGUAUAAGCCAGUAGAUUACUCAGUGAAUGCCAUGCUGGCUCUCUGGGUUUAUGUCUUUACUGUGUAUUAUCUUUCGCUGAAGCGACAUCGAAGGCGUCCUAACCACAAUUGAAGCUUAUCACAAAUUUGCGGAGCUAGGAUGUGUAAAAUUACAUACUAGGUUUUGAAAAU